AUGGACCUGCUGAAGAUGGCUAUCAGUUACAUUGAGUUUCUGCAAGAGAGGCUUGUCGACUCGAUAAAACCUGCGGAAGAAGGGAUUGCGCCGGCGGCUGCUCCUGUUGAAGACGCAGAAGUUCCUUACGCAAAAUAUAAGCACCGCAAGAAGAGGGGCAAGCAGACGCGGGAUAACCCUCCGGGGCGGAAGAACAAGAAGCCCGUCGCGCCUCCCUCCGCAGUGCCGAACGUCCCGACCCCGAGCGUUGCCGAGGAUGCUCCGUUUCCGAUGCUGCCUCCGCUCUGGCAACCGUACCCAUUCCCGUUCCCGAUCCCGACCAUGUCCGAUGUCUUCUACCCCUCUGGAUUGCCGAUGCCUCAGACGCCACAGGUCUCUGAACCUCACCCGGAUCCCCUACCGGUUCCGAUGCUAACUUCGAUAUCGAUGUCGAUGCCGUCGACGAUGUCGUUGACAACUUCGUUACCUACCUUGCCGCCAAUUCAGUUGCCCUCUCUCCAGCCAACAUACUUUGGCAACACGUUCAAUAACAUUGAGGAGCUG